CCAGGCUGCUAGGGCGGCUACUCUUGGGAGUGCAUGCAGCGGUCGCGACUGCCACCGACAACCCAACGUGACUGAGACGACGUGCGGCUCAUGCGGGCACUUUGGGCAGCCGAUCUUUCCUUUCAUCGCUGGAGCGGGCCGUUGAACUAGAACGCCUGCCAUGGACAGCAGCAAUUCACGUGCCUCACCAACUCCGCCCGUCAAGGUAGAGAGCAUGGCGUCGACUGCCCCACGGGCGUCGCGCGGGAGCACACCGACGGCCAGCCUCUCGGCCUCCAGGCUCGUCAAGGAAACCAAGGCGGAGAAGCCAGCGCGGGCGGCGAGCAGCACCAGCCUUAAGCAGAAGAUGGUGGCCAAGGUCGACGAGCAGCCGCGGCCAAGCAAGGCAGACGAGCAACUGAAGGCUCUGAAAUCCGAGUUUGACGGUCUGCGCUCGCACCUCACGUGCAAGAUCUGUGACCGUCUGCUAUACCAGCCAUACACAAUAGCAUGCGGUCAUACGUACUGCUACACGGCAAGAAGCAUCUGGCACCGUUGCUCUUGGACACUGUUGGCUGACAAUACGCAGUGUCUCUGCACGUGGUUCCUCAAUCUGAGGCAGAACAAGUCGAAGCUGACAUGUCCCGACUGCCGCAUCGACGUCAAGCAUCUGCCUGCGCCCGCUUAUGUCAUCCGGGACAUGACCGCCGUCUUCAUCGCUCGGGCCGACCUCCUACCGGCCGGCGAAAGCCUCGAAGAGCACAAGAAAUGGCAGCAAGACGACGCUGAUGCCGUGCAAAAAGACCGCGAGAACACCGAUCCUCGCACGGGAGGACUCUUCAAGGGUCUGUUCAACGCACCUGCGCACCCACUGCGCCCUUCGCUUCACAUCGUCCGCGAUCAAGAGGACGGCGUCGAUCGAUGUCCAAUAUGCACGUGGGAGCUCGAGGACGGCGGGUGUACACAGUGCGGCUUGGUCUUCGACGAGACAGGCGAGGUAUCCUGGGACAACAGCUUCACGGGCUUCAGCGACAUGGACGAGAUGUCAGAGCAGGAUGCUGACGACCUCGACGCGGCUAUGGGCCUCGAAGAAGGCGAUUUCGAGGGCUUUGGCGACCCAAUGGAUGGCUGGCAGGACUACCUUGGCGAUCCAGGCGCUGGCUUCGUGAUGCGCCGUUUCCUCCAACACAACAAUGCUGGCUCCCGGCGGCACAUGUCUCACAGCGAAGCCGGCAGCAGGCGCUCGUAUUCUCAGAGUAUCGUCUCAGAUAUCUACGGCGACGAGAUGGAUACAGUCGAAGAGGAAGACGAGGAAGAAGACUCUGAAAUGAACGACUUCAUCGACGAUGAAGCUCUGGAGCCCUCAACUUCUGCCAGUGGUGCUUCGUCGACGCCCGGCCAGACACCGCAGCCUACAGCAAACCGGCCACGAGCACACGCCAGAGCACGACCCGUCGUAGAGGAGUCCGAGUCCAGCUCAACGAUAUCAAGUGUGGUCGAAGAGGAGGACGAAGACGAAGAAGACGAAGAAGACGAAGAAGACGAAGAAGACACUGGCCCUGUCCGUCGAGGGCAGAGACCCCAGGCACAAAGACCGCGAGCACAGAAUCAUGUGUUAGACAGGGCUAAUGGCACUCGAUCUCGGUUUGCUCGUGUGGUUGCGCCAUCCUCAUCAGCCUCGAUGGAUGCUUCCACUGCCGAUCUCGACGAGGACACUCAAGCACUACUGGAGGACGAAGGCUGGAUGCGUCAAACGGAUGACGAUGAGAUGAAUGAAGAAGAUGGGGAUAGCGAUGGAGGAGCUACGACCGUCGGGUGGGAACCGCUUGCGAAUUCAAAUGACAGAAGCCGAAUGGGCGGUUCUCUAACACCUACUGCAGAUCGUCCUCGGCCUAGUGCCCCAAUCCGUCCCCCCUCGCGAGUGGGCAACCUCCGAGCACUCGAUGCCUCCCGUGGCCUCCGACAAAGAUCCUCUGUACUAUCAAAUGCGACUCCCCAUUACGAGGAUGGCGAAGCCGACGAUGACGACUCUGACCAAGACGGCGACCUUGAUAUGGCAAUGCACGCUCUUCGCAAUCGUCGUUCGCAACAGAUGAUGCGCAACAGCUCAGCCUUUCAGAAUGCGUCAGCUCGGUUCGCUCAAGGAGGCAACGCUGUCAACGAAGCAGACACCGACGACAAUUCAGACAACUCGCAAGCUGGCCUUGGCCGUCGUGCCGCGCGUACUCAACGGCGCGAGUACGAUCCUCGUAUCAGCUGGAUGUUCGCUGCCCACCAAGCUGCGUUGCAGCAACAUCAGAUGGGCGGUAACUUGAUAGACAUCGAAUCUCGCUCCAUCACACCACUCAAUCGACCACCUACGUCCAACCGCAACCGUCAAAGUCCCACACCAGCCUCUUUCUCCCCAUUUCUCCCUCCCCAACGGAUGCGCACUCCAUUGAUGGACAACAGUAACUUCGGUUUGCGCGUCAUGGCAUCUCCUAACAGGCGAAGUGCCAUGUCCCCGGCCUUACCAUCAGCCAAUGUCAUGGAGAACGCAUUCCGGAAUGAUCGUACACCUUCUCUCAGCUCGGCAAGCGAUGAUUCGGCCAUCCUGACACCCAGAACAUCGACGCCUAACUCGCAGUUUUCCAUCGACCAAACAGUGCGCACGCAUGCCGUCGCAGCUAUGGAUAUGAUCGAUCGCCCUCAAAGCCGUGUUAGCGCUCGUCCUCCAUCAGCAGCAGGUCGAAGGGGCUCCGCCAAUUUUUCGCCUGUUUAUCCGAAUUUCCCACCUCCUAACAUGGGUCUGCAUGCUCCAGCGUCUGCGGUACCCGCUCGUCCUGCCAACCCAUGGGCCGCAUACGUGUCGCGCAGCAUUAGAGCUCGCAACUCUCGUCUAGGACUACGAGAACAAUCAUCGACGGCUACGUUGAGGCCCACUAGCUCACGUGCCAACAUUCGUGAAAACGCGGCUCCCACACCGGUAAUGAGGACACAGACUUCACGGAUUGGCUUACGACCGCAGCCUUCGGGCCGUCGACUCAGCGCUCAGCCGUCUACUAGGGCUUUGCGAACCCCUCCUUCGCCUGGCCCGAACAGCCAAAUGGCGGGCCCAUCAAUGGCACGAGUGCCAAUGGCUCUGACACCAGACGAUGUGACUGCUCGUGCUCGAGAGCUUCGCAACAACAGGGAACAGGCCCUUGGUCUUUCCAACACUGUACCGGCACGGACCAAUCCGUUUUCGUCAGGCUUCCGCCGACCAAGUGCUGGAAACAUGCCCCCUAUGGCACCAGCACAAGGUGUGUCUCAACAUGUUCGAAGCAACUCGAAUGAGUCUAUGGGCUCAGUCAAUUCUGCUGGCACCGCCCACGAUGGUUCUACUGGCCCCUCUCUAGGUCGGCGCAGGAGCAAUCGCAACAUGUUGAACGCUCUACCACCUGGAGUUCUACCUCCAACACAGGCCUAUACAACCCCGGUCACAGCGUACACCAACAAUGCGUACCGCUCGCGGCAGGGCAACAACAUUGGCCCACUGGCGGCAUUCGAGCCACCAGUGCAAAACAACAACAGGACAGCGAACCCUGUAGUCACCGGUCAACUGAUUUGAUCAGUGCUCCUGUUACGACUCAACUUCUUUCCUUUGGUGUUUUUAUAGGGUAUGGUGUUUGGACAGUGAUCCUGGAACGGGUGCAUUUCACGAGGGUAUGAUCACGACAUUUGUCUUUCAGCGGCAUCAAAACGGAUAUGUCGGUUUCGUGUGCAUUGUUCGGCGUCGUUACCCUGCACUAUACCACACUCUUGAGCGAGUUCAUGUAAGACGGAUACGGAGCUAAAGUGGCUCAUGCAAUUCAAUCCUUUCUGAC